AUGGGACCCAGUACUAAGGCCAUACCACACCACUCCACGCACUCUUUUGCGGAAGCUAUGAGCUGGACAACCUUCUUAUAUUCACCCGGCCCAGCUCCAUACGCCAACCCAUCUCGCCCUCUCAUAACCGAUGGCUCUCAUUCUAGCUUCUCCACCAACAAUCAACCGGUCUGCCAGACCAGACCCGCACUGUAAGCAAGCACGCUGCUCUUCUGGUCUCUCCUCACUGCAGCAACUGUCUGAACAAGCUUAUCAUCCGGCCAUCCCCCAUUGGCUGCACUGCAGAUUUGUCAGUCUGAACCUCUUUCUCCUUUCCGUUCAUCAAUGAAGUGGAGAUUGAGGGGGUUUUUGAUCGGUGCCUCCCUCCCCUUCUCAAUCUCAAUCUCAGUGGUGGCUAAAGGUGCAGAGCAGAGAGAGAGGGACCUCCAAACUCUCUCGUACACUUACAGUACUGUAUUUGCUUUCGAUGGACUGCUCUCAAUAGAUGGAGAGAAGCCAAAUACAGUUAACAAUGGGACCGACCAACGAGCGUAGCCCGACUGACAGAGGAUGGGGUCUGUAAAUGUCUCCAGGCCUCGCUUGGUUCAGUUGCCGGCUGCUUGGGGCUUGCACUGUCUGCAGUCAAAAUUAAUCAAGUUUGUGUUCGCUUGCUGCUUCUUCUUCGUUCCGCUUAGCAGACUGAAUCAAUGAUGUGUUCGCUCUUCAUGAUUAUCUUCUGAACCACAGCCAUUAGCCCCACGGUGCUGAAGCUGGUUGGGUUCAGCGACGGGCGACCUUUUCCAAUCCACGAACCACUGAUGUCAUUUCAAGGCAGUGUUUGGAACUCCGUUUGCAAUUGAUGUUCUCCAUACUAUGGCAGCUGGAUUGUGGCACGGAGAACUUCCUGGAUUGUGCUCUCUUCAUCAUCCGAAACGGCGGGUUUCCUCUUUUCUACCUUGCUUGCGGUGAUGGAGCGAAGGCGAGUAAGAACGCCAAGAUGUGCCUAAUAACGUUUAACCGAAUAUCGGAAAAGCCUUUUAAUUAGUCCCUUGGAGCGUGACGUCAGAUCACAUGUCCUCCACCAAUCGGAAGGCCAGGGAAAGUACACCAAUCGGAGCUUACCAAAUUUUCCCUGAAUUUGCAGGCUCUAGUAUGAAGAACAUAUGUUAUGUUCUUCACUUAUUGAGCACUCAUGUCUCUUUGUCGCUCUUCGAAAUCACAUGACCAUUUAUUAGAAGGUCAUGGCUCCGCAAUCCAGUCUUUAAAUAGAGAAGAAAAAUACAGAGAAAAAGAAGACUAAUGUCAUGGCCAUGCUUUCUUAGCCGAAGAAGUCAAAGAAGAUAUUGCAAAAGUUUGAUGUAACGUUUUCCCACAUAAAUGAAAGAUUUGAACGAUG